AUGUCGCAAAUUCAGGGGAAAAUAGUGCGUAUCGCAGGAGCGGAUCACUCUCCUCUGCGGGCUUGCACCUCCCCAAGUUGCUACGGAUUGAAUACAGUCAAGGCGAAGAGCGCCCAGCUGGUCAAGGCUCCAUACAUAGUGCCAGAGCCAGUGGUCACCGGUGCGACAUCCAUUUUUAAAGUUGGCGGAGAGAUGGCCCACGUAGGUGACAUCCUUGCCAAUGCCCAAAAUUCAGGAGGACCUCAACCCAUUUAUCGGAUCAAGCCAGGAACUCAUGCUCACAUAGUCAAUUAUGUGUUUGUGCGCGAGGAUUCCAAACUGAUGAAGAAAAUCCGAUCCAGAGAUCCGGAGGUCGACACCGAGCGCUUGCAAUCCCAGAGGGAAUGUGCCAUCACCCAGCUGCAGAAGCUGACGUCCAAGCACCGCGGCAAAGUUCAGCAAGCCAUGGUCCAAUCCAAACCGGCUCCUCCAAGAGCACGUGUGGCCACUCCUACUGCGGAAGGGGUUCACUUGGCCCGUGUCAAGGCGGAGCUACUCGAACUUCAACGCAAAGUAGACGAGUUAAAACAAAUGGGCAGUCUCUGA